AUGUAAGUAUUUUCAUUAUAAAAUGAAUUGCAGCUGAAAUUGCAUCGCACGAAUCGGUAAAGCCUAAAUCGAUUUUAUCAAUGUUCGAAAAUUCCUCUUUAUUCGAAAUUGUCGUGAAUAUGUACAUAUUUGAUUUUGAUAUCGUGGUGGUUUAAUGCUCACAUAGUUUUAUUCAGCGCGUGUCAACUUUUGUGAUAAGGUUCAAACUGUUUUUUUUUUUAUCGAACUUCCCAAUGAUAGAAGUGUUUUUGUAGAUUUUGUUUCAUCGGUCGUUGCGUCGGCCGUACUUUAAUUCUAUUAAACGUGAUUCGGUGGCAGUAAAUGCUGUUGCAUUCUACAAUAAAAUCAUUUAGGACGCAUAAUCAAAUGCAUGAACUCUAUUUUGAACAGAAAUUUAUUGAAAAUGAUAAGCUCGAUCAUGUAAUAAUUUUUUUUUAUUAGUAUAGAUUUUAAUUUUAAAAAAUUGCAAUCUUAUCGAUUGAUGUUAUGGGAAUUAAAAAAACAAAAUUGACUAGAUGAAAAUUAUUGCCUAUGUUCAGAUACCCAUAUGAAAUAUAAACAGAUAUUUUGAACGUACCCAUUUUUUGAAUGUAUUCAUUGUUUUGGUGUAAUGUUUUCGUUUUAACUAGUGACUUGACAAUCAGUGACAGUUGUUCGCCAUUUUCCCAACACCAAAUAUUCGGAGCGAACCAUACAAGACAAAACGUUUACCUUGUUUACUACGCAUAGCAAAACGGAAUAUUCAGUAAUAGCAUAGUGUUUUUUUUAUUUUUGUCGUUGAAAUAUUGUUAAUGUAUACAUGAUAAACUAUUAGAAAGUGAAAUUCACUGGGAACAAAGGGAAUAAUGUCGUUUUCGUCGACACCUCGUGUGCCUGUGUCACAAUUACUUAGCGAUGCAGCCAGCAAUGAUGAAGAGCCAAAGAAAAAGUCCAGAGAAGAUUGGCGCAAAGCAAAAGAACUAGAGGAAGCACGUAAAGCUGGAACAGAACCGGCCGCCGUCGAUGAAGAGGGUCGAGAUAUUAAUCCACACAUUCCACAAUACAUUUCAAAUGCGCCAUGGUACUACAAUGCGGCAGGACCAACACUGAAACAUCAACGGCCACAAGAUGAACAAGAUAAAGGUGUAUCCGGUAUAAAUGAAUGGUACCAUCGUGGUGUGAAUACGAGCCAAGUAAUUACGAAAUUCCGAAAAGGAGCUUGUGAGAAUUGUGGUGCGAUGACACACAAGAAAAAGGAUUGCUUCGAAAAGCCACGUAAAAUCGGUGCUAAAUACACUGGCAAAGUGGUUGCUCAUGAUGAAUUCGUUCAACCGAAUAUCGUAACGGACUAUGAUGGAAAACGUGAUAGAUGGUCAGGCUAUGAUCCGGCAGCUCAUCGUGAAAUUAUCGAAGAAUACCAAAAAGUCGAAGAAGCGAAGCAGAAACUUAAGGCCGAAAAACUAAAAGAUCAAGGAAAUGCCGAGCCUGGAAGCGUUGACGAUAACGAUGACGAUGAAGAAGAAGAUGGUGAUAAGUAUGCGGAUGGAGCAGACAUGCCUGGCACUAAAGUCGAUUCCAAACAACGGAUCACCGUCAGAAAUCUACGUAUUCGUGAAGAUACCGCCAAAUAUUUGCGAAAUUUGGAUCCAAAUUCAGCGUACUACGAUCCAAAAACCAGAUCUAUGCGUGAUAAUCCAAAUCCACAAAAAGAUCCCACUGAACUUGAAUUUUCUGGUGAGAAUUUCGUGCGAUAUAGUGGCGAUACGAAUAAGCAUGCUACGGCACAGCUUUUUGCAUGGGAAGCACAUGGCAAAGGUGUCGAUGUCCAUUUGCUGGCUGAACCAACCAAAUUGGAAAUGCUCCAGCAAGAAUAUGAAAAGAAAAAAGAAGAGUUUAAAUCGAAAACAAAAGACACUGUUCUCAGUAAAUAUGGUGGUGAAGAACAUCUACAAGCGCCGCCCAAAUCACUUUUACUCGCUCAGACCGAAGAAUACGUUGAAUAUUCGCGAACGGGCAAAGUGUUAAAAGGCAAUGAGAAACAAACCAAUCGUAGUCGAUAUGAAGAAGAUGUUUACAUCAAUAAUCACACGAGCGUAUGGGGCUCGUUUUGGUGUGAAGGUGCUUGGGGCUAUAAAUGUUGCCAUUCAUACGUCAAAAAUUCAUAUUGUGUAGGCGAAAACGGAAAACAAACUGCAAAACCGUCAAUGUCAAUGUCAACAUCAACAUCAACUGCAUACGAUCACAUCGGACGUAGAUCAGCUGACGAUUCCGACGAAAAUCAUGAACAAGAAUCGAAAGAACCAGAAGAAGAACACAGCGACUCAUCACAGUCAUGCGAAAGUGUUGAAGAACGCAAAUCCAAAAAGAAAAAGAAGAAAAACAAAAAGAAGAAGAAAAAAUCAAGAAACAAGGAAAAAGAAAAAUCAGAAUUAGAAAUGGCAUUGGAAGCCGAGGAUAGAAACAAUUCGGAAGCAAGUCGACUAUUGCAAAUGGAUGAACGAAAACGACCAUUUAAUAGUAUGUACGAAGUGAAAAAACCAUCCGAGGAAGAGGUCGAAGCAUAUCUCAUGAAACGACGACGCGAUGAAGAUCCAAUGAUAGCAUUUAUGGAUAAAUAAACUGUCAAUCUAGUUUUAAUGAUAACACUUUUUAUGGCUAAGUUUGAAUGAAUUUUAGAUAAAAUUCUGAUUAAAACUGUUUUGAAAUGUUCAAAGUGUGG